CUUCCAAGUCCCGUCCACUCUGUCCCCUGGAAACUUGAAGGGUGCCAGUGGGCCAAUCCAAAUCGACUGGCUUCUUCCUGCCUUUACAGACUACACAGUAAUCCUCAAAUUAACACAAUCAGUCCGACUUUGAUCGCCGGACAAGUUGGCAAGGGCAGGACGAUUCAAUUUGAAACAGCCGAAGACUAUUACUGCCACAGACGCUUGCUCUUCCCUUUUCCUCAGGGACGAGUUCAGCAUUCACCUUCCGACCCAAGUUCAAGAUGGCAUCUUGGGGCCUCCUCGACGACAAGGAGGAAACCGAGCUCCACAAAUCCCGGCUCCUCAACGUGGAAGAGAAGCCGUUCAAGCGGAUUACCAAGCGCCUCAACACCCUUCACUCCAUCACAACAGCCCGAGCCCGCCAGGCACCCACGCCUCCCCCCGAUUCAAACGGCACCUCCCAACAGCAACGCGAUGGCACUCCGGCCCCCGGCAGCAGCGACGACAGUACCUUGCCGGACCUCGCCCAGCUCAAGGAGGACAUCACGAUUGACUUUGCGGCUUUUGACAGCAGCAUCGCGCGCCUGCAGUUCCUGCUGACGGCCAACGAGCGGGAGCGGGAGCGGUACGCGGCGGAGCGGGAGCGCAUCGUGGCGGCGUCGCACGCCGUGCGCGACAACACGGCGCAGCUGCGCGUCCAGCUGGAGCAGGCGCGGGCGACGCUGGCGCAGCGCCGCGAGUUUGACGCGCUCGCCGACGCCAUCACGAGCAACCCGUCGCUGCGCCCCCGCGCGGAGCAGGAAGCCAACCUGCGCAAGCUGCGCGACGAGAUCGCCGAGCUCGAGGCCGAGCGCGAGGCAUACGGCGUCACGUGGCACGAGCGGCGGGAGCAGUUUGCACGCAUCAUGGAGGAGAGCAUGCGGCUCAGGAGGCUGAUUCGCGACGAGAAGGAGGAGGUUGAGCGGAGGGAGGGGAUGGAUGAUGACGAGGUCGGCGCCACCCCUCGGCCGUCCGGGACAGGGAGUCGGGAGGGGUCGCCGAAGCCCGACGCUGGGCUCGCGCCCAAGAGUGCCCCGGAAAGCGGCGAUGCGGAAGGCACUCCUAGGCCGGUCUCCGUUGGCGGCCGGUCUCCGGCGAGGGAUAGUCCCGCACCGGGCCAGGACGCCCAUUCACUCACGGCCAAGCGAGCUAUCGCUACGGAUGCGAGUUUCUCGCAGGUUGGUAGCCAAGUGGGCAGUCAGAUUGGCAGCCAGGUCGGCAGCCAGGUCGGCAGCCAGAUGGGCAGUCAGAUGGGUAGCCGGGCGGGUAGUCGCGAAGGCUCAGUGGAGAGGCAAGACCAGGGCUCUGCAGAGGAAGGAGAAGAUAUCGAGAUGGGCGAGACCAAGGAUAACGAACAGGAGCCCGGCAGCCCACUGACGCCGCCGGCGGCCGAUGACGCGCCGCAGAUCGUUGUCAACGGGGAGGGUGAGAGCAUGGACACGACCUAGGCUGUCAAACUGCACUAUUUAGGCGGGUUCUCUAUGCCACGUAAUCAACAGCAGGCAGGCUGUUGCUGCAUAAA